AUGUACCACGAGUAUGCUUAUUAUUCUAGUUUUGAAAUCAGAAAAGGGAGCCAGAAAACUAAUUUGUCAGGAAUAGUAAGACAAAAGUACUAUCUUUGUCACAGAGCUGGAGAAAGAAAGAAGGUUAACAUAGAUAGUUUAGAAAGAAAUGAAAAACAAGUUACAAAAAGCAGCAUGGAAUCCACUGGAUGUAGAGCUAGAGUGAGAUUUGACUUGGAUUACUUGAACGAAACAUACAUAAUAGCUGAUUUCCAUGCAAUUCAUAAUCAUGAAUUGGUUCCGCGAGAGUAUAGACAUCUAUGCAAAACAGAUAGACAACUAAAAUAUGCAGAGCAGCUAUUUGUCUACAACGCCUCCAUCUCAAACGUUGGACCAACAAAAGCUCAUCAACUGUACAGUAACUUGAAGGGAAGCUCGUUAAAUGUAAACGGGACAGUUGAUGAUUUCAGAAACUGGAAGAGGGACCUAAAUGUGUACAUCAAUGAAAGUGAUGCUCAAAUUUUAGUUAACAAAAUGAUGGAAAUGAGAGAACAUAUCCCUGGUUUUUCAUUUGAGUAUAAGGUUGACAACUCUGAGUUGCACUCACUCUUUUGGGCCGAUAAUAUAAGAGAGGCAACUCCAAGUAUAGAAGAUGAAACUGAGAGAGACUUCAAGAGCAGGUUUGACAGUAUAGUUUGGAAUAUUCACAUGGAACCAAAAACUUUCGAGGAAAAAUGGGAGAAGUUGAUGAUUGAUUUUUCAUUACAAAAUGACAAUUGGUUCAAGUAUAUGUUUCAAAUCAGAUCAAAGUGGAUACCAGCUUACUUCAUUGACACUCCAAUGUGUGGCCUGUUGAGAACAACAUCAAGGUCAAAAAGCGAGAAUGCUUUUUUUUCUCAUUUCACAAGAUCAGCAUCAAAUCUGGUGAGUUUCAUGAGUGGAUUUGAAUCAGCAAUGAUGAAACAAAGGUCAAAACAAGAAAAGUUAGAUGCUGAAACAAUAAAGAAGACUCCAAUAUUGAACACAAAACUCAAAAUAGAAAUGCAUGCUUCAAAACUGUACAAAAAAACAAUUUUUGAGAUGAUACAGAAGGAAAUAGAAGCCGGUCUAUAUGAUUGUUUAGUUGCCCAAAUGACUGCCGAAGAAGAGUGUCAAAUUUAUAUCAUUAAUGAGAUGUUAAAGAGGAAAGUGAAAGAGACUGGACAAAAUGUGAUUCAGUAUAAGGUAUUGCAUAACCUUGGGGAUGGUUCUGUUGUGUGUACCUGUAGACACUAUCUCCGUUUAGGUCUCCUUUGCCGACAUUGUUUCAGUGUUUUGAAGAACAAUAAUAUAGACGAAAUACAUGCACAAUACAUUAUGAGGCGGUGGACAAAAGGCAUCAUACCACCUGAUUUGAGAUCUAGCAGAAACAAAUUUGACAAUGGAAAUGUUGGUACUCAAAAGUUGGUUGCUGAAGCAAGUUCAGUUUUUGAGGAUUGCUUGUAUGUUGUUGUGAAUGAUGAUGAAAAACUUAAAGAGUUUCUGGAAAAAGUUAAAUCGUUGAAGUCAGAAGUUGAGGCUGAUAUGGCAAACCAACCACCAAAGAAAAAAAAUGAAGUGAUAUCAAGAAUGAUGGGUGUUGAAAAACCAGAUUCAAACGAAAUAAAAAACCCACCAGUUGGAGUGUAUAAGGGAUGUGGAACUGUUAACCGUAUAAUGGGCGGUAAGGAGAAAGGAAUAAAAGAAAGCAAUAAAAGAAAGAGAAAGUGCACUACAUGCGGAGAUACGAAUCACAACAGCAGGACAUGUGGAAAAAAGAAACAAAAAUUCAAUGAAAAAGUGAAUACUGAAGGAGCUUCAAACAAUUAG